AUGAAAUUAGAGCUUCAAAAUCAAUGUAGUCGACGUGAUUCACAGCUGAUGAAAUGGAUUGAAAAACAAGACAAUAUAAAUCAAAAUAUACUUGAAUUAACAAGAAAACAAACUGAUUCAGCUGAAAAACAAAAUCUUAUAUACGAAAAAAUAGUUGAUUCAAUUCAAAAACAAAAUCAUAUGAACGAAAACAUAAUUGAUUUAAGUCAAAAACAAAAUAAUUCAACUGAAGAUGUGAAAAAAUUGAUUGAAUCAUUUGGUAUUAUUGCUCAAAAGUUAGUCGACAAAAAAGCUUAAACAAUUUUUACAAUAACACGUUUUGAUUUUUUUGGCAGAUUGUAAAAGUG